GGCCGGGAUAUAUACCGCCUCCGGCGCUCCAGCCGUUGCUCUCCACUCUUUAUAACACAGCACGGCAGAACACACGCGCACCACUUGCUUUGCUCUCCCUAGCUAGCUCGCCCACGUUUGAGGAGAGGCGCGCGAGGAUGGGGAAUUGCCAGGCGGCGGAGGCGGCGGCGGCGGUGGUCCAGCACCCCGGCGGGCGCGUGGAGCGGCUGUACUGGGCCACCAGCGCGGCGGAGGUGAUGCGCGCCAACCCGGGCCACUACGUCGCGCUCGUCACGCUCCGGGUCGCCGAGGAGCGCCACGAGAACGCCGACGGCACCGGCGCGCGGCGCACCGUGCGCCUCACCCGCUUGAAGCUCCUCAAGCCCAAGGAGACGCUCCUCCUCGGCAACGUCUACCGACUCAUCACCUCCCACGAGGUGACCAAGGCGGUCCAGGCGAGGAAGGAGGAGAAGAUGACCAAGGCGCGGCAGCAGCUCGAGCAGCUCGAGUCGUCGUUGUCGAGGCAGAGCAAGGCCCGGCCGACGGCGGACGACGUCGAGGACGAUGACGACGACGAGGCGAGCUUGGACGCGAGUCUCGAGCAGUUGGCACGGCAAGACGGAGACCCCUGCGCCCACCGGAGCUCCGGCGCCCGGCACCAGCAGUGGAGGCCCUCGCUGCACAGCAUCGACGAGGCCGCGAGCUGAUGCUUCCGGCCAGCCAUUCACCGGCGGACCUGCAUUUUCAGCGUUCACCCGGCCAAGGUCGAUUAAUUAGCUCGCAUGGGUUUGCUGCGUUCGAGUCUGCUUGACACCCCUCAGAUGGGAGGACCGCUCCUGAAGUGACUCGGUCGUUCGGAGCGUGUCCCGGAUCCAUCAUCCAGACGAGCAGGCCGGCGCCGCCGGAUGGCAUGGAGCAGGUCCUCCCAUCGGAGGGGUGGCACAACAAGAGAAGGGCAAGGACGCCGUUUCGCGGGAAAGACUCACAACAUCGUGCACCAUGGCAAUGGGCGCGACGAGAUGCUUUAGCAAGGCGAGAAUGAGCGUGGGGGCGCCCGUUCCCAGCUGUGUGAAAGUUGUGUUCGGCAUAUUUGAUAGAGCUCCUAUGAACAAUGGACGGGCUGAGCGCAUUGGAUUACUAGUCACUCCUACGCUGGCUGUGACCGUGCUUGUCGACCCGGCAGCGAUCAUGGAGGAGACAUAAAUUUAGUCACCAAAGGAUACUCAAGGAAGCUGCGUGUACCCGAAAUUUUCUUGUGUGAUUUGCAUUCCCUUGGUUGAUUUAUAUGAUUGGUAUGCUUAUCAGUGUUUUGUA